CAUAGACUGAUUGUUGCACAUUGCAUACAAUUUAUCGUUGUCAUCGUUGUUAUUAUUCCAUUUCAGAUGGAAAAUACAUGCAUGUGAAUACAAAAAAUAAAAUGAAAGAUACAAACAAAACAACGAAUGAGAACCAUAUGAGCAAAUGAUGCUCCAUAUUGCGUGAACAGCGGUUAAACAAUGCACGGACCUGUGUACGACACACUGUAUUGUAUGUGUAAAAAUAGACACUUGUUGAUUAUUAUUUCAAAGUAGAAAACGAAGAUCGUUUUGUUGCUGCGAACAUUCAACCUCACUCUCACGCUUUUGCGAAUCUGUAGCGCGCGAGCGCGUCCACAGACAAGGCUCGAAAUAAAACAACAGAAAAAAAAACAAUUAGUGGCAUGUGGAAUCGAAAGCCUACCGGCGAGAAUCUACCACAAUUUUUCGAGCUUAUGUGUGCAUUCGCGCACACCAAUUGUCGUAUGUAUGUAUAGCAAUUCUAUACACGUGAAUAGAGCAAGGUACAAAGUAAGAUUGGAGCAAGUGGGAGAAAAAAGGAGAAACAAAUCCAAAAUGACAGAAUUGAAAACGAUUCAAAUACAAGCGACUGUAAAUAAACAAUAUUCGACGGAAAGUAAAUUGACGUGUCAUUUUAAAUCGCAACGAUAUAUACAAUGCGGGAGAUAAUUCAUUUACAAGCCGGUCAAUGUGGAAAUCAAAUUGGUUCCAAGUUUUGGGAAGUUAUCUCUGACGAACAUGGAAUCGAUCCGAACGGCAUGUACCAUGGCGAUAGCGAUUUACAAUUGGAGCGCAUCAAUGUUUACUAUACCGAAGCAAAUGGUGGAAAAUAUGUGCCUCGUGCAAUUCUAAUUGAUUUGGAGCCAGGAACCAUGGAUACAGUACGCAUGUGUCCGUACGGUCAACUGUUUCGUCCAGAUAACUUUGUUUUCGGUCAAUCUGGCGCCGGUAACAAUUGGGCCAAAGGUCACUAUACCGAAGGUGCUGAAUUGGUUGAUUCGGUUUUGGAUGUCGUGCGUAAAGAAGCCGAAGGUUGCGAUUGCUUGCAAGGUUUUCAAUUGGCUCACAGUUUGGGUGGAGGUACUGGCUCCGGCUUGGGUACAUUGCUCAUUUCAAAGAUUCGCGAAGAAUAUCCGGAUCGUAUCAUGGCAACAUUUUCAGUUGUACCAUCACCAAAGGUGUCUGAUACAGUUGUCGAACCAUACAAUGCAACCUUAUCAGUUCAUCAGCUUGUCGAAAAUACCGAUCAGACUUUUUGCAUUGAUAAUGAAGCACUUUACGAUAUUUGUUUCCGUACGCUAAAACUAUCAUCGCCAACAUAUGGGGACUUGAAUCAUCUUGUUUCGUUAACGAUGAGCGGUGUGACAACAUGCUUUCGUUUUCCGGGUCAAUUAAAUGCUGAUUUACGUAAAUUGGCUGUAAAUAUGGUGCCAUUUCCAAGAUUGCAUUUCUUUAUGCCAGGUUUUGCGCCGCUCACUGCCAGAGGAUCUCAACAGUAUCGAGCUGUGUCGGUGGCCGAAUUAACACAACAAAUGUUCGAUGCAAAGAAUAUGAUGACAGCAUGCGAUCCAAGACACGGUAAAUACUUAACCGUUGCCGUCAUAUUCCGAGGUAAAAUGUCGAUGAAAGAAGUUGAUACGCAAAUUUUUGCCGUUCAAAAUAAAAAUAGCAACUAUUUCGUUGAAUGGAUACCAAACAAUAUAAAAGUGGCUGCUUGCGAUAUUCCACCACGUGGAUUGAAAAUGUCAGCGACAUUCAUUGGAAACAAUACAUCCAUACAAGAAAUAUUCAAACGAAUUUCCGAGCAGUUUUCUGUCAUGUUCAGACGCAAAGCAUUUUUACACUGGUACACAGGCGAAGGUAUGGAUGAAAUGGAAUUUACCGAAGCCGAAUCGAAUUUGAACGAUCUGAUAUCGGAAUAUCAGCAGUAUCAAGAAGCAACGGCGGACGAAGAUGUUGAAUUCGAAGAAGAUGAAGAGCAAAGAUUCAUUGAAAACGGUGAAGCCUAAAAUUCAUUGAAAACGGUGCGCUGUAUAUGCAGAAGAAUAAUUUUUUUUUUUAAAUUUCGUUAACCAAAGCAAAAA